AUGCCUCGGGGUCAGAAGGGAUCUGUUGAAGAUAAUAACAGCCAAGAUGAGGAACAUCCAUGUUCCUCUAAACUCUUACCUUCCACUGAGAGCACAUGCAGUGAUACUUUAACUAGGAAGGUGGGUUUGUUGGAGCAGUUCCUUCUGUACAAACAUAAAAUGAAGCAGCCCAUUAUGAAGGAAGACAUGCUAAAAAUUAUUGACCAAAAGUACCAUGACUGAUUUGCUGAGAUUCUCAAGAGAGCCUCUGAAUGCAUUGAGGCUGUCUUUGCAGUUGACUUCAAGGAAGACAACACAACUAUUCACUCAUAUGACCUUGUCAGCAAACUGAAACUCUCCAACAAUGGGAGGGUGAGUGCUGGCAGGGGGCUACCCAAGACUGGUCUCUUGAUGACAGUCUUAGGUGUGAUCUUCAUGAAGGGCACCUAUGCCACUGAGGAAGACAUCUGGAGAUUCCUAAAUAAGAUGCAAGUAUAUGCAGGAAAGAAGCACUUCAUCUAUGGGGAGCCAAGGAAGCUCAUCAACAAAGAUUUAGUCGAGGCUGAAUACAGUGAUCCUCCACGCUAUGAGUUCCUGUGGGGUCCAAAAGCCCACAUGGAAACCAGCAAAAUGAAGGUCUUGGAAUUUUUGGCAAAGGUCAAUGACACCGUCCCCAGUGCCUUCUCAUCGCAAUAUGAGGAAGCUCUGCAAGAUGAGGAAGAGAGCUCAAGCCAGAGCUGCAGUCAGGCCUGGCCAUACUAUCACUUCCAGGCAUGUUCCAUGUCCCCCAGAUUCUCUCACCUCUAUUGA